UGGGACCUGAGGGAAGUGAGUGUGCGUGGGGAGAUCGCUUUGUUCGAGUUCAUCCCCAGCCCCGCGGUGCGGAGAAGGUGUUCGGGCAGGGUCAGAUAGCUGCUGUCACUGCCAUGUCCCUUUGCAGCGGGCAGAGAAAACUCUCUGCUCCUUUUGUCACUACAGCAGGGAUCAGGGCUUUCCCCCUCUGCCGUGUGUUAAAUGAGAAGCUGUGCGCAUUUGGAGCUGCUGGUCCUGAGAAUUGCCGUGAGAUGAUUUAGGGGCGGGGGAUGCUCAGCUGGGGCUCCUGGAUGAGCUCUGUGGGGCUUUUUCUUUUCUGUUUACAGCCUGAGAGUCAAUUUAUUCCUUGGCUUACUUACAGCAGGGGUGAGGAUGUGUAUGCAGAGUAGCAAAUCCAUUAAGAGGCUUGAUAGAUGGAGGAGCUAGCACUUCAGUUGUACUAGAUACAGUAAAAGCAGCAGGAGCUGUUCCAAGGGGAUGCGAUACGAUGUGCUGCUGCGGGAGUGCCUGCACAGCAAGGGCUCGCUCAGGAGCAAGCUCCUUCACCAGGAGCCAGCGUGGUGCUGGAGCCACGCAUGUGGCAGGAAAUGCUGCUCUGCUUCAAGGGUGGCCUUUGUCAGCUGAGAGCUUCUGGUGCCUCUGUGGUUCUCGUGGGAGGUAGGUUGGAAUGGGAGCCCUUUUAAGGAAGGGGUUCCGAGAGACUCGGUCUCAGCACUACAGUCUUCUUCUUGCCUACCACAGAGCUACUAAAAUGAUCUUGCUCUGAUUCCAUGGGAGCUACACUAUCCCAGAGCUGUGCAUGCCCAAGUGCACAUUUGUUGGGUGCAGGUCACAAUGAAGACCCAGAUGUGUUUUGUGCAGGUCUGGCAGCUGCCAGAUUCCCUGUGAAACAGCCUGGCUGGGUGUUGCUUGGCCAUGGGCACCUGCUCUGCCUGGCUCCUGCACUGGGCAGGGCUGGUGUGCACAGCCAGGAGCUGCUGGAUCAAUGAAUCUGAUGAGAUACAUUGAAGAGAAACAUUUGAAAAGGUCUCCUUUUGUUUCCAAGAACUGUUCUUUCCAAGCUGUUUCUGCCCAUCACCCUGGGCAGCUUUUGCCUCUCUUGGUGCUGUGACCACUGGAGUGCAAUCCAGGGAUUUUAGGGCCAGAUCUCUGGAACAAGUCUAACCAGGGCUCUUGGCUAGACUUUUUUUUUGGAUGCUCUUUCACAUCGAAGCAGUAGGACUGUGAAGAGCCUGUGUCAGGCCAGGGAAAUGCAGCCUCUGCAAACUGUCCUGGCUGCGUGGGAGGGACAAUGCAAAUGCAGUGAUGCAUCUGCACGGCUCUGCUUUAAGGUACUAGAGCCCUUCCUUUUGUAGGGGGAGGAAAUCACAAAGGACACGGGGAUGCUGGCACUAUCGGGCUCUAACUGCCUAGCGAUUCCUGGGCUGCCUGAGACGCUUUCAUCCAUUGUUUUGAAUAUCCAGCCUUGUUCAGGGCAGUCUCAGAGCUAAGGCUGGAUAAGAAAGAUGUUUCCUGCUUUAUGCUCUGGUAAGCCAAAAUCUGCAGGCAUAGGUCCUGCAGUUGGUUUGAGUCUUCAGGAACCAUGCUGGGAGUCAGGGCAUGAUCUAGCUGAAGUCUUGUGGUGAUAGUAAAAUACUUGAUUUUUACUGAUUUUGAGGCUCAAAGUUAGACCCUACAAAGAUGUCAGGGUUGUUGAUUUGAUUUCAGUGAGAGAAGGAAAUCUCACCAGAGGUGUUUAUUGGCAAGCCAACGCUGCGGUUUCCCUGUUGUGGGAACUCAGCAGGGUUUGCUCUUGUUUCACCUGCCAUGAUGAAGCCCUGAUGGCCCCUGUGCUUAUCAGGUCAGAGAAACAAGCUUCUCCAUGUGCCCUUGCAUGUCAGCUUGCACCCGUGUCCUUGGGAGGCAGCUCUCUGUGCCUCUCUCUGAGGGCAGCUUGGCUGUGGGGCCAUCUUGGCCAUACCUGGCCAGUGCCAAGGCUUUCCUGGUCUGUUAUUUUGGGAGCUCUGAACUGGGGGGAAUGGGAGACCUGCCUAUGUUUUGUGACAAAAUGAUGUGUCAAGGGAAGAUGAGAACUGAACAGUCAUUGGCCUCAGAGCAGCUUUUCCCAUUUAAGUCUGAGUAUGCUGGAAAUAAAUCCUCUCUUCAUUGUCUCAGAGGCAACCUCGGCCUCGGUCUGGGGUUUUGGCCAGCAGAAAGCAGGGGACCAAUCCCUGGACCAGAGACUUUGGGUGGCCAAGAUCAUUGCUCUUGGUGCUCUUACUCCAAGGGAAUGGUGGAGCUGCAGGGAUUCCCCCCUUGCUGCCGAGAGCCUGUCUGCUCCUCCUGGGGCAGGAGGCCACUCUCCAUCGCUGUAGCAUCAUCUAGUGGCCAUGGGCAUCUCUGGCUGUGCCUUUCUUCAGUCCUGUGAAUGCGGUCUGGGAUAACACUUUGUGCCUCUCUUCUUGCAGGGGGCUAUGAGCGCUUCUCCUCGGAGUACCCUGAAUUCUGUGCAAAAACCAAGUCCCUGAGCAAUGUGUCACCCCCCACCGGUGCUGAGCCCUUGGAUUUGGGCUGUAGCUCCUGUGGGACCCCCUUUCAUGACCAGGGUGGGCCUGUGGAAAUCCUUCCCUUCCUCUAUCUUGGCAGUGCUUACCACGCAGCCCGGCGGGACAUGCUUGAUGCACUGGGCAUCACAGCCCUGCUGAACGUCUCCUCAGACUGCCCCAACCACUUUGAGGGGCACUACCAGUACAAGUGUAUCCCUGUGGAGGAUAACCACAAAGCUGACAUCAGCUCCUGGUUCAUGGAGGCAAUUGAGUACAUUGACUCAGUGAAGGAGUGCUGUGGCCGGGUCCUGGUGCACUGCCAGGCUGGCAUCUCCCGCUCAGCCACCAUCUGCUUGGCGUACCUGAUGAUGAAGAAGCGUGUCAAGCUAGAGGAGGCCUUUGAGUUUGUCAAGCAGCGCCGGAGCAUCAUCUCCCCAAACUUCAGCUUCAUGGGGCAGCUGCUGCAGUUCGAGUCACAGGUGUUGGCCACUUCAUACGCAGUGGAGGCCGUCAGCCCCUCGGGGACGCUGCGGGAGCGGGGCAAGGCCACCUCCACCCCCACCUCGCAGUUUGUCUUCAGCUUCCCAGUGUCUGUCGGUGUCCAUGCCACCCCCAGCAGCCUCCCCUACCUGCACAGCCCCAUCACCACGUCGCCCAGCUGUUAGCUCAGGGCCGAGGCCAGCCGGGCAGGCAGUGCCAGGCGUGCAGGGGGCGUGGAGCCCCGUGAUGUUAAGCAAUAGUGCCGGACACUGCCAUUCACGCUGGACUCGACAUCUUUUUCGUAGAGAAAUUUCUUACCUCAUCUUGGUUUGUUUGCUUUUUAUUGUUAUGUUUUGAAAGCACGAAGUUGUAAAAGCCACAAACCUUGACAUUGUCCAGGCUCUUUGGGGGAGGAAAAAAAUAGUGUACUGGGUUUCCUCAAGUGCCUGGUCUUGAUGUGUUUCCAUCCCCAUUUUACUGUCUUGUUUUUUUACACCUGCCCCUCUCCCCAUGUUUCUGCCCCCAGCUCAUCUAGGUUGACAUGGGAGCAUACCCUGUUUUUAUUGUGCAGCAGCCUUCCCCCUUGCAGAGAGACUGUGUGUGUGCUGGGUGCUGCUUACCUGAGCCAGGUACGCUUUGGACAAGCAGAGCUGCAGGCAGGGCCUUGGGGUGAGCAGAGUGGUGGCACAAGGCUGCCUACACUCAACCCCAGCCCUGCCAGUGGCUGGGGAGAUGAGGCAGGACCUGGCAGGCACCUGCCAAGUCACCAGCUGAGCCUAUUCCAAUGGAAGAAAGCAAUCUCUGUGGUUGGGAAGCAUUUUGGAGGGAGAGAUGUAGCCUGAAAUGCCUCUUUUCUUGCCUCUGUGGAUCACUGGUUUUUACAAGACUUAGGUCCAAUCUCCUGUGGCUUUAAGAUGAGAAAGAAGGGCUGCUUUUGAUUAUUUUUUUCAGUUUCCUCUCCACGGGUCCCACUGCUGCUCUUCUUCCAAAAGAAGAUGUCCUGGGACAUGGGUGGGCUAUAAUUGCGGAGAGAGAAGCUGUGGGGUGGAGGACAGGCUGGCCCAGAGGUGUCAUUCAUCCAGCAUUUUCAAGCUUCUCCCACCUCAUGACCAGCCCUUUUCCUGUGCUGAGUCUUGUUCACCUGUGCAACAUUUCUGCAGCUUUUGGUCCAAGCUUUGAAAAUGCCUCAUCUUCAACCCACCUGGAGCCUUAUUUCCCACCCUACCUCUGCCCUUCCCUCCAGUCCAACACACAAGAUGCCUGUGUGGCUGAUGUACAUAUGUAUGGUUUUGUUCUUUUUUUUUUUUUCUAGAGAUUAACUUUUUAUUUAUUGCCUGAGGGAGGGAGAAAACACUGUUUGAAGAAAAUAAAACUGUUUUCAACA